ACGCGAACUGAUAGUGGAAGAGACUUUUGACUGGGGAAAAGCCUGCCCACAGCUUAGGAAUUUGAUCAUGGUGGCAUCUGGCCAGGCUUCGCUGCUCCGUGCUGGCUUGGAUGACCCAUGGUGAGCUUCCACCAAGGACUUCAAUCUGGAAGAAUGCCAUACUGUGAGAGAGGAGUGGUUAAACCAUUCCUGAGGAGUGCAGCCACCCAUGAGGCAAAGCGCUUUGAAGAGCCCUCGGUGACUGCACAGCAAUCAAGGAAUGAAGCAGUAUAGGAACUUUAAUUGCCUUGAGUCUCGCAGUGUAGCUCCAGGAAAGGAGAAGACAGCAGAGCAAACUUCCCAUGACUAACGGAUGCUGGCCUAGAUUAUGAGCUCAAACAAGAACGCUCGCUACAAUCGUUUCUCCAGUGGCACAGCAAACAUCACUACUUCUGAAAACACUAACGGGACAAGAAUGGAAACCACUUUUGGGCCAGCCUACUCUGCUGUGACGACCAUCACAAAGGCUGACGGGACCAACACUUUUAAGCAGCAUCGUCGGACCCCAUCCUCCUCCAGCACGCUCACCUACUCCCCACGAGACGAGGAUGAUGGCAUGCCUCCGAUCAGCACCCCACGCCGCUCUGACUCUGCUAUCUCCGUCCGUUCAUUGCACUCCGAGUCCAACAUGUCCUUGCGCUCGACAUUCUCGCUCCAUGAGGAAGAGGAGGAGCCAGAGCCGCUGGUGUUUGCUGAACAGCCGUCUGUGAAGCUGUGCUGCCAGCUGUGCUGUAGUGUGUUUAAAGAUCCAGUCAUCACAACCUGUGGGCACACGUUUUGUAGAAGAUGUGCCUUAACAUCUGAGAAGUGCCCUGUGGACAACGCCAAACUGACCGUGGUGGUUAACAACAUCGCGGUGGCUGAGCAGAUUGGAGAGCUCUUCAUUCACUGCAAGUAUGGCUGCCGGCCUGCAGCCAGCAGCAAGCCCGCCGCCUUCGAGGUGGACCCCCGCGGGUGCCCGUUUACAAUCAAACUGAGUGCCAGAAAAGAUCAUGAAAGCAGCUGUGAUUACAGGCCGGUUCGCUGCCCCAAUAACCCCAGCUGCCCACCUCUCCUGAAAAUGAACCUGGAGGCACAUCUGAAAGAGUGCGAGCACAUAAAAUGUCCCCACUCCAAAUACGGGUGUACAUUCAUAGGAAAUCAAGACACUUACGAGACCCACCUGGAGACGUGCAAGUUUGAGGGUCUGAAGGAGUUCCUGCAGCAGACAGAUGAUCGCUUCCAUGAGAUGCAGGUGGCAAUGGCACAGAAGGACCAGGAAAUUGCCUUCCUGCGCUCCAUGUUAGGGAAGCUCUCAGAGAAGAUUGACCAGCUGGAGAAGAACCUGGAGCUCAAGUUUGAUGUGCUGGAUGAGAACCAGAGCAAGCUAAGCGAGGACCUGAUGGAGUUCCGCAGGGACGCCUCCAUGCUGAAUGAUGAACUCUCGCACAUUAAUGCUCGGCUCAACAUGGGCAUCCUUGGAUCCUAUGAUCCUCAGCAGAUCUUCAAGUGCAAGGGGACCUUUGUGGGACACCAGGGCCCUGUCUGGUGUUUGUGCGUUUACUCCAUAGGAGACUUGCUCUUCAGUGGCUCGUCAGACAAAACCAUUAAGGUGUGGGAUACCUGUACCACAUACAAGUGCCAAAAGACCUUGGAGGGUCACGAUGGAAUUGUACUGGCUCUCUGCAUCCAGGGGAACAAGCUGUACAGUGGCUCUGCUGACUGCACCAUUAUCGUGUGGGAUAUUCAAAACCUGCAGAAAGUGAACACGAUCCGAGCACACGACAAUCCUGUUUGCACUUUGGUCUCCUCGCACAACAUGCUAUUCAGCGGCUCUCUCAAAGCCAUCAAGGUCUGGGAUAUUGUCGGUACCGAGCUCAAAUUGAAGAAGGAGCUGACUGGUCUGAAUCACUGGGUGCGAGCACUGGUGGCUUCUCAGAACUAUCUCUACAGUGGAUCUUACCAAACAAUCAAGAUCUGGGAUAUCCGCAACUUGGAGUGUGUCCACGUGCUGCAGACGUCGGGAGGCAGUGUCUAUUCCAUUGCUGUGACAAACCACCACAUCGUGUGUGGCACCUACGAGAACCUCAUCCAUGUCUGGGAUAUAGAGACAAAGGAACAAGUCCGCACGCUGACCGGGCAUGUGGGUACGGUCUAUGCCCUUGCUGUCAUCUCCACGCCGGAUCAAACCAAAGUCUUCAGUGCAUCGUAUGACCGGUCUCUCAGGGUGUGGAGCAUGGACAACAUGAUCUGCACUCAGACGCUGCUGCGACACCAGGGCAGCGUCACUGCUCUUGCAGUCUCCAGAGGCCGCCUCUUCUCCGGCGCCGUGGACAGCACUGUAAAGGUCUGGACGUGCUAGCGAGAGCGCCACGCUAGUCCUGCACACUGAAAGACCAAAUCCUCCUCCCCUCCGUCGGCCUGCUGGGUGACCAACACCACUACGAACCAACUGCUGCAGCUCCCCUCCGCACCGACCACUGCCUGCCGCUGCCCGGCAGCCGGUUCCCCCAACCGCAAGGACCCGGCUGGCAGCUCUCAGGACGCGUCUGGCCCAUGGACGCUCCCAAUGUUCCCUCAAACCUGAAAUGUAAGAUUGGUGACACAGAGGACGCCGUUGUUCGGCCAGCACCCUCCGCUCUGCAGGGCGCCCUGUUCUGCUGCCUCUCCUGAGCUGAGGAGCCUCCUCCAGGGCCAGGGCUGCAGCGACACCACGGCUCCAGAGCUGGGCAGCCCCACGGGGCAGCGGUGCAGGUGCAGUGCGGCCCUUGGCUGCGAUGGGACUGAAUGGUUCUGCUCGGCGCAGGUGGAGCUGCGUGGCCAGGGCAGUGAUGCUGGGACGCCACUCCCUUUGUAAAUCGUGGAACCGAGCACUGGGCCUCGCCCUGGGUCAGGACCCCGGCCCCUCUCUGUCUCUAUAUUUAAUUUUACUGCCAAGAUGUCAGGCUGAUCCAUCUGGGAAGAGGUGAUUUCUUGAGUAGCCAGGUACGAUUUUUACGCCACAGCUAGUUCUCAAAUCAAGUAACACAAGCCCAUCGUUCACCACCCUGUAAUAAUGAUCUCCACAUUAAAGAGAAAAAGCCUCCGUUGCAUUUUUACUCACAUUUUCUACUGUUUUUAAGAUUGUAAUAUAGAUUUGAUUAUUUCUUCAUUGACAAUAAAAGCGGAAAGAGUUGUUCCUGGCCAGCGUGAGUUAUUGUGGGCUCAGCCGGUCCGGCUCCUGCGGCAGCUCCUGCCUCCCGGAGGGGUGGACGCAGCCGCAGCACCCGCUGUGAAAGAGAAGGUGCAGGGAGUGGGCAGCCGGAGAGGGAGAGCAGGUCCCCAGACUGCUGCGGCGCCUGCAGCACCGGCACCCGGCAAAGCAGAGGCACCCAUGGGUGGUCUCAGCCAUGCAGCAAAUGCACCCAACACAACAACCGCACCGUGAGCACCUGCAGCACCGCAGCAUUCAGUGCCGCUCUCCUGCUGGGCCAGCACAGCCCGGGACUCCACCAUCAUCCACCAGUCCCGGCUGCACGGCAGGAGCCAUCGCAGCGAUGGGGUUUGGACACAAACAGCGCCCGCAGCCCGAAAUUUCAAAGUUGUGCCAAACACAUCUGGAUCAGCGACCACAACGGGCGAGACAGGAGGAGAGCGAGGGAGGGAGAGGAAGGCGGUGGGAGAGACCACUCUGUAACAUCUUGAGAAAGAAAGGAACAGCAACACUUUGUUUCGGAAACCACAAGCAAAAAAAAAAUGCAUUCAUCAGGACUCAAGCGACUGAACCAGACUCCAACUCCAGUUUGUACAGGAAUAUACAGCGGCACGUCCGAGGACGCAGCGAGCACGCACACCCACGGGCACCCACACCCACGCACGCCCACACCACACAAACGCCGACAGAAAAGAACGGAACCCAAACCUGACGCCACUCGCAAAGAAGGGAAACGCCUCCAGGAGAGGGGGG